ACACAGAAGAAGAGCCGGUCGACUAACAUACCCAUAGGGAUGCGUAUAAAGGUACCUUUAGAUGGAGUGCUUGACAGCCCACAUGGCGUGUUCGACCUCUCCGCUGAGCAGCUACGAGCAGUGGGGGGUGCGUCACGAAAUAGCACGGCUGUCACACCCAUUGGCGAACUACAGACCAAAAGCGGCGUAGUGAUACACAACCAUGCCAGUGAGAGUGCGGAGGGCGCUGAUUUCACAGAGCUAGAACUGAGCAAGAUGGUAGCGGACCUCGAGCACGAACUAGAGGUGGAGACCAACAUUAUGCAAAGCAUAUGUCAGCUAAAGAGCGUGCUUAUCGAGAACCAACUCACCGCCAGUGCCUCCCCCAGACCCGGGAAGAAAACAGCCGCUUCGGAAGUCAGUUCGAAGAAGCAGCUCGUGAGUAUUGAGAAGAGGGCGCGGCACACACAGGACCGGCUGGACCAGUUGGAGAGUGAGCUGAGCGUAGCGCGUCUGAUCCAAAGCCGUGCCCGAGCACUGAUACGGUGAUGCCGAUGGCCAUGGUAAGGGCACGCUUGGCUUAGCGGAUGACGUUGAUCCGUAUGCACAUACUAUAUCCACACCAUACCAGAUCAGACCAAUACAAGCAGACGACGCUGUUUGACAGUUGCCAGCAGGACGGGGAAUGGGUAUCCAUCACGCGCUUCUUCACUAAAACCCUAAAACCCUAAAAUCCUAAAAGAAUGCACGCAUACACGGCGCUGUGCAAUUCACUACACGCCUUCGGCUGAUCGUGAACGGAGUUUAGAGCCAAUGGCUGUUGUUGCCGGUGGGUGGCGUAUUGCAAUGAGCACUAGAACUCGUUGCCGCCCCACGAGAGAGAGUGUGUGAGGGGGAGGGGGGUUAAAAGUGGGGGCCAUAGUUCAUCCUAUACUCCCUGCAUACACUUAUGGGGUCUAGUUGGUAUCGUCCGGCAAGCCAGUGAAAGUGGACACGCCGCAGGCUGCCGGAUAUACUCAGGGCUAGAGACUUCUAGCGAGUGCUGACCUACCUUUGUACACUGCCAAACUAUACUCAGAUGGUUCAAAUCCCGAUAUACUAGAGAGAUCACGGGACAAUGUCAAUAUCCCACAUUGAGAGGCUUCCCCCACCAAUCCCCCUUGGAAGGAUAGUAAACUCCUGAAAGUGUACUUUGUGUACGCGCAAAUAGCUUUUUUUUUUUUGGGAUAGUAUUUGAAUGCUUUUCUUCUCACUGCUUCGCGCGUUGGCUUGAUAGUAGCGACAAAGUUGUUAAUGGAAAGUGCCGCAUGUAAUAAAACACCAAUACAAUGC